AUCUAUGAAUCACUCAAAAUGGAAAAGGAUAAAGCUGAUGAAAUUCUAAACAAAUUGUUACAACGAGCACGGGUUGCUUCCAAUAAACAAAGAAGACAAUCAGAUUCGAUAACAGAAAAGUCUAAUCGGAUAGAUGUAAAUCCCGAACUUCUUUUGAAAAAUAUACAGAUGCUUAUUGAUGCAUCAAGUGAUGUUUAUCUUCGAAAAGAACUCAGGGAGUUUUAUAUGUUUGUUCUUUGCAAGCUUCAUUAUUUGAAGGAGGCAAGAGGAUUUCAUGACUUGUUCGACGACUGUAAUCCAAAUCAUUUUUGGAAACAAUUACAGUUAGUCAUUGGAACAAAUGAGGAUGUUCAAAUUCGACGAGAAGUCAACGAAAUGUAUAUGUAUGCUUUAAAUGUAUCUCAUCAAACGUGCGAAUACAUGUCUGGGAGUAAAGGUGAAGGAUUUCUUUUUAGUUGGAGUGACAUCGAUGUCAUGGCUUCCAGAAAUCUAUUUACUAUCAGUAUGGAAUCGUCUCAUAGCGAAAGUUACUAUGUAGCAACGAGGAGUGGUUGUCAACCAGGAUUUUGUCAAAUUCUAAAAACUUUAAAUGACGAUAGAAAUGUUUUUUGUUAUUAUUUCCUUUCUAGAGGAGCGUUUAUUGGCUCAAUCGAAAAGCAACAGUUCAACGAAAACGUUGACCACACAAAUCGUGGACCCUGCUUGUCCACAAAAUAUCCGGACGGAUUUGACAGAUGUGUUGCGUUGCCAGUACAUAUAGAUUCUUCGAAUGGAUUCUUAAAAACGUUUCAUACAACGUUCUGGAACAGUGUAAAAUCAAGAAUACUUAACGACCGAGUUACCGUCAUGCAUUGCGUUCCCAAAGGCCCGGAAAAAGGAGACGACGAAGAUCGUCAAUGGUUAAUAUCCUUUUCUGUUCUUGAGAGGUAUAUCGUCCACUCAUUCAACCACGUUCAGUUCUGUUGUUAUGGAUUAAUGAAAAUUCUUCUUCAUACAGUUCUUGACUUGAACGCUGACACUAAUGACACGAUAUCUUCGUAUCAUAUAAAAACCGUACUUUUCCACGUCUUGGAAGAUAUCCAUCAAGAAUUUUGGAUUCCACAGAAUAUUUUCCACUGUGUACGAAUUUGUUUGACUAGACUAUUGUUAUUUCUUUUGAGAGGCUGUUGUCCCAACUAUUUCAUUCCUGAAAGUAACCUUUUCGUUAAAUCAAGAGUUAUUCAAAGAAGAUGCAAAAUACUGCACAAUCUUUGCGAAGUGUAUUUUUGCAAAAAUUCAUAUUUUACUUUUACCCUAAGUCUAUAUUUUCCUAUAGGUAUAACAGAAUUAGAAUUCGAGUCAUAUGUACUCAGAAAAUUCUGUUCAUUAUGCUUAGCACUGAAUUUGGUAAAAGGUUAUCAGACUACGUAUCGUGAAUGCAUUCAUUCAGUUCUAAAUAUCAUGCAUUUGCUUGCUUUACAAGAUGAGGAAAACAAUGUAAGAACAACUGCUUUGAAGUAUACUUGGUUAUUAAUUAUGAGAAGAAUAGGAGUUAUUAUGUACGACAAAUAUGUGCUGACAGGAUUUCCAAUGUAUUUAAUGUCAGCGGAAGUAGCAUUAAUGUUUGCACAACAUGCCAAUGUAUUUGGUUCAAUUUACUUAGCAUCAUUGUGGUAUUCUCAGGGCAGAUAUAAGCAUUGCCUCAAAUUGCUUUAUAAUGUUACAGUUAACAUGUCUCCAAUAUUUUUGAACUCGAUUGUUUAUAAUGAAUCGCUAAAAACUAAAUGUAGAGAAGUGCCCUGUGAUUAUUCUUUGUUGAUUAGACAUCACUACCGUAAAGUAUGUGUAGAUAUGCAUCGAACAAGUCAUCUUUUUCCCAAAGAUAUAGAAAACUUUGUCAAAACUUGUAAGGUUUCCGAGUUUAUAGUUUUUGAUAAAGCAUAUGCAUACUUUCUUCUGUUCCUUUGUUAUCAUGAUAUGCACAAAAGAGCGGGUUGUUCUCGAAUGCUCUCAAGCCUUCAAGAAUCCUAUAAAGAAUUUCAAAGAAUUUCUUUUAAAGGCGAUCUGCGUGUACAAAAUACUAAAAUACUUGUAGAUAUUGCCGAGACAAAAAUGAAAAACAUUCAGUGAAGUAUCUACCUGCUUAUGUGUUAAAGAAUCAAACGUUUAGAAGUCAUUCAUCUACUUUCGUCUGAACAUUUGAAAUAGUAUAACAUUAUAUGCACGUAUUUUAUGUUGACUUUGUGAGGAUGUAUGCGCGGAUGGAAAAUGAGGUCAUUUUUUUCAUUUUGUUUACAGUUAUAAAAAACAUUUCCAAAACGGAAAUAAAUGAGUAUCAACUUUAUACUGACAGUUUGUAUUCAUAAUCUUAAUGCUAUUUUUUAAACAAAUACAUAUCUUUUUGUCAAUAGAAAAAAGCAAACUCUUGUUUAUGCCUGUAUAUUACUAAUACAAGAAGUUGUCGGUAUCGAUCAUCAUUUAAAGUCUUAUUCUACAAUGAUUAUUUAUAUAAUGAAUGCUUUGUUAGUCCAUAAUAUAUACAAAUAAAAUCCCCCCCCAAAAAAAAAUCCAGUUACCUUUUUCUUUUGGCAAAUACACGUGUACUAAAAAGAAAACUUUUUCCCAUAGAAUAUUUUGCUUGAUUAUACUUUUUGAUUUUUAAAACAAAAAAGCAUUUUUGGUGAGCAUUCAUUUAAAAUGGUUUUGACUUAUAAAUAUGAAAAUUAGAUUUUCACGUGAAAAUAGCUUGAUUUAACAAUUCUUAUUAAAAAUUAAAAGUAUUGUAAGUUUAAUAAAGAAUAAUUGACAAUUGCUGCAUUGUGUUCAUUGAUUACUCUAAUUGUUUUUAAUUUGUGACAAUUAUUUUUGUCAACUGUCAUAAACUGUUUUGUGUAGUAGUCUUUAUACUGUUUGUUGGAGCUUAAAUGCAGAGCCCCCAUACACAUACUUUUGUCUGCUUAAGAUAGUCAUUGGCUGCAUUUUUGCCAUAAAUUGUAUUGUAUAUUAUGUUUUGCAGAGAGUUGGUGGUGAAAAAAAUAUUCACAUACAUGUGUUUAAACUUAUUUUAUUGACUGACAAAACACAAUAGAUAUAUCAAUAAAGUCAUUAGCAUUUUGUUUUCUAAGUACAGUUAUUAAAAUUAUACCAUUGUGUAGAAUAUGUGAACUCUUUUGCCAUAAUAUUUCAGUACUCUGUCCCAUCAUACCAUUGGACUAGAUUUUGUUUAAAUGUUAGAUAUAUAUUUGUAAACACCAAGGGUUCAAAGGAUGUUUACUUAUUAUUAGGAAAAUGUCCAAAGAUUCCUUUUCUGUAGUGCUUAUUUUUCAAUUAGCUUAAUUGUCAAAUUUCAUGACAUGAUUUUGCAUUACAAUGGACCUUAAAGUGCCUUUAUGAUGACGUUUAUACUAUGUAGAAUGGUUCGAGUGAGUGACAAAUUGAUGUUAAAUUUUCCCAUUACAAAUCUUAUUAAG